AUGAAUGCGAUUUCCGUUCUUUUCGCCCUCGUUUCCAUUGGUUUUACGGCGCACGGAGCACCGCUCGGCAACGCGAUGCAACCGGAAUUCCACGCGACAGGUAACCUUCUGAGCCAAACUGUCAUUUUUCUUCACAUUUUGCAGCUCUCGCGCCGAUGAUCACGGGUACGAACGUGCCCGAAUCGGAGGAGGAGAUCGAUGCUCCGAUUUACGACCAAGACGAGAUCGAGAAAGUGAAGGCGCUGGCGCACGAGACGGCGCAAAACGCGCGGAACCCGGAGAGUGCUCCGCUUGUCGGCGACUUUAUCCGCGCCAAUCCGGGCCUCCUGUCGACGGUCGAAACGGGAACAGUUGAGGACGGAUCCGGGCCCAUUUUCACACUUCCCGCCGCCGUUCCCACUCUUUCAUCGCAAUGA